GGAUGGAGACAAAGGCUCAAGGGUGGUCCUUCUCUCUGACUGUUUCACCUUGACUUAGUCUUCAUCCCCCCGAAACACACACAUAUUGUGUCCCUUCAGUCUUGCAGCAGCAAGAUCCUGCGGCAUCUGGCUGCCGCAUCUCAAGCAGCUCCACCUUCAUAGGUGCCUUGAGGAAGAAGAGGCAUCCUCCAUGCGAACAGUGUUGGCACCCACAAAGCCCUGCUGGCCACAAGGGCUUGCUGUAGGGUCAGGCUAGCCCCAUCCCUCCUGCUGGAUGCGUGAGGGAGGCUGCGGCACAGGCUGGGGUGAGCUCACGGAAUGCCAGCCCUCCACAAGCCUAGCCUUCAGAGCAGCGCUUACCCCCAUCCCAGGGGCACUGUCCCUGUCCCAUCUGUGUUGUACACCCCCAAAUGUCUGUGGAGAGCAGCCAGCUCCUGAAAGACAUUGUGAGAUGCAGUCAGCUCCAGCCCCUGAACAGCUGAGGGAAAGCUGGGGGGAGAGCCUGGUACCAACUCUGAGCUCCCCCUUCCCUGCCCUCAGCAUUGAAAGGGCAGGAGAAGCUUGGGGAUGACUUUACUUGCCUUGUAUUGUGAGCUUUGAGCCUCCCUCAGACAGAAUCGAGUCCCCUGAAUAGAAUAAGAUUGGUUCCCAGUCAUGUUCAGCAAGUUUUUGUCUCUCCUUAAAGUCAGCGGCUUCUUUUCUGCCUGCAGUCCACUGGUAACAACACUGCCUGAAUCCAGCAGUUGUGUCCCUGUCUGCUUUGGGACAUUCGUUCCAGUAGUGCUGGGUAAUCUAGUAACCCACAGGUUUUCUGACUACACUGGCAACAUAACUCUCAUCCAACUGCCAAAUGGUCAGAUAUAUUGACCCACACAGGUGCUCUAAGUUCCUGGGCAUGCAAAGAGAAAAUCAAGAAGGUCAAACAUGAUUUGAGAUGCAACUGGCAAGGGUUAUUAAAGACAAAAAAGGAUUCUCCAACUAUGUCAGAAGCAAGAGGAAAAUCCAGGAAAGCAUUGGUCCCUUACUAAGAGUAUAAAGCUACCUAGUUAUAGAUGGUGCAGAGAAGGCUGAAGUAUUUAAUGCCUUUUUUUUUUGCUUCAGCCUUCAUAAACAGAGGUAGCUACCAGGUGAAUGAGAUAAAUAGCCCAGACUAAUAGAAGAACAGGUCAGGGAUUACUUAGAGCAGUUGUGUGCUUCCAAGUUGGUAGGGCUGGAUGGGAUGCAACCUAGGAUUCUGAAUGAAUUCGAUGAGGUAUUGUCUAUCCUCUUGAGAACUCAUGGAGGUCAGGUGAGGUUCUGGAUGACUGAAAAAGGGGAAAGAUUGUGCCCAUCUUUAAGAAAUGGAAGUAGGAGGAUCUGGAGUACUGCAGAUCAGUCAGCCUGAUUUCAGGACCUGGGAAGAUCAUGGAACAGGUGCAUGUCUUCAGAAAAUCUAUUGUGAAGCAACUAGAGGAAAACAAGGUGAUCACUCAGGAACAAUCAGUAUGGAUUCAACACCUGGAGUAGUGUUCAGGGUCCCACAAUUCAAGAAGGAUGUGGUCAGAUUGGAAAGAGUUCAGCACAGAUCAAUAACAAUUAUUUGUAGCCUGGGAAGCAAGACAUAUGAGGAAAGUCUGAAAGAACUAGUGUUACUUAGUCUGAAGAAGAGAAGACUGAGUAUCAGUAUAAGCAGUGUUUUGCCAGAGGUGCCUGAAAAGGAGCCAGAAGAAAUAAAACAGCAAGAUGAAGAAGAUGCAUUAAAUGCUGAUGCCCAGAUACAAACCUCCUAUGUUGAAAUUCCAGAGGGAAAUAAGUGGCGAUGGUCACGAAUACAAACUGAAGCCCAGGUGCAGACCUCAAAUAUUGAAUUACCAGAAGAGGAGAUUUCAUUGGCUUUUGAAACUGAGGCCCAGGUACAAACCUCAUACCUGGAAUUAUCUGGAGAGGAGACUUCAUUGUCCUCUCAAACUGAUGUCGAAGUGCAAACAUCUUUUGUUGAAAUACCACCUGAAGAUAAGUGGCGUUGGUCAAGGCUGAACAUUGAAGCUUACAUGCAAACCUCAGAUCUUGACCUAUCAGAAGAAGAAAUUGCAUCACAAACAGAGGUGGAAGUACAAACAUCAGCUCUUACAAUACCAGAGGAAGAGACAUUCUACCCCUUAGAAACUGGGACCGAGGUAGAAAUUUCAGAUCUUGAAUGGCCAGAUACAAGGGUGAAGACUUUGUUUCCAUUGCAUGUUGAAGCUGCAGUGCAAACUUUGUAUGUAGAAAUACCAGCAGGAAAUAAGUGGCGUUCAUCACGACUGCAAAUGGAAGCCCAGGUGCAAACCUCAAGCCACGAGUCAUUGAAGAAGCUUUCUUCUGUUUUGCAAACAGAAGCCCAAGUGCAGACCUCAAGCCACGAGUCAUUGAAGAAGCUUUCUUCUGUUUUGCAAACAGAAGCCCAAGUGCAGACCUCAAGCCACGAGUCAUUGAAGAAGCUUUCUUUUGUUUUACAAACAGAAGCCCAGGUGCAGACCUCACAUCUUGCAUUAACAGAAGAAAAAGAGCUUUUACCAUCAGAAACUGAUGUCCAAGUGCAAACCUCAAACCUUUCAAUAGCAGAAUCAGAGGAAGAAGAGGCUCAUAUACUUGUGGAAGAAGAGCCUGUCCCUACAGCUCUAGCAGAAGCAGCUGUACAAACAUCAAAUAUAGAAAUCUCAGCAGGAACCAAGUGGAGUAUGUCACGACUACAAGCUGAGGCCCCAGUGCAAACUUCAGGCUUUGACUUAUUGGAGAGACUUUCUCCCCUGUCCCAAACUGAGAGCCAAACACAAAGAUUAAACCAGGAGUUACCAAAGAAGCUUUCUUUACACUUGCAAACUGAAGCUCAGGUGCAAAAUUCAAAGCUUGCAUUAGCAGGAGCAGAGGAGAAGCCUUUGUUCCUGUCACAAACUGAAGCCCAGAUGCAAACCUCCAAUCUUGUACUAACAAGAGUAGAAGAAGCUUCCCUUCCCCGUUCACAAACUGAGGCCCAGGUGCAAACAUCCAGGCUUGCAAUUCCAGAAGCAGAGGAGCUUCUCCCUACCCCACUCCAAACUGGCAAUCAGUUGAAAAUUUUGUACCUUGAUCUACGUGAGAUGGAAGACAGUGCAUCCCUAGCACUAUCAGAAGAGAGACCCAUUUCCCCCAGACUAACUGAGGUUCAGACACAAACCUUAUUUGUUGAAAUACCAGUAGGCAGUAAGUGGCAUUCAUCACAACUGCAAGCUGACGCCCAGGUGCAAACCUCCUGUCUUGGGUUACCAGAGACAAAAGAGAAGUCUCCUUUGCUGUCACAGACUCAAAUACAAAGGGAAUCCUCCAGGCCACCAUUACCAAAGGAAAGGAAGGAGUUUUCUUCUCCACCACAAACUGAGGUCCAGGAACAGACCUCUGAGCUUGGCUUACCAGAGAUGAAAGAGGAGUCUCCUUCCCUCUUGCACACUGAGAUCCAAGGCAAAACCUCCUGGCUUGAAAUAACAGAAGAGGAAGAAUUGGCUCUGCCCACCCCCAAGACUGAAAUGCAAGAAGCCAAGAAGUUGAAUGAAGAGUCAAAGGAGAAGCUGGAAUUGAAAUCGCCACCCUCUAUCUUUACUGAGGCACAUGUGCAGACCUCAUAUGUUGAAAUACCCCUGGGAAAAAAAUGGCGUUCAUCCCGCUUAUGUACUGAAGCCCAGGUACAAACCUCACACCAUGAAAUCCCAGUGGCAAAGGGCAAGACUUUGCCCCCACAAGACGCUGAGAUGUUUAGGAGGAUCCCUGAGCGAGCAGCAACAAAAAAAUUGGCAAGAUCCCCGAUGCGAACAACACCAGUGUCUGUGCACUUGCACGUAAAGCUAUCUCCACAGCGCCGGAAUGGCAAUAAAAAGAACUAGUGAAAAUUUGAUUUUAAACAAACAAAACUUGGAGAAAUGCCAUUGAGUUAACCUGUGAGAGAUUUUUCUGAAAGUAACAUCUCAGGGCACGCCCCAAAAGUGGGAAUGUAUGUUUCCCCAGGGACAAACAGCAGUGGCACAAUAUAUACCGCUGCUAUUUGUCCCCGGGGAACCCCCAUACAUGCAUGCUCUGGUGUGCAGCAUGUUGCCCUGGGUAGACUAGGGGAGGCCAGGACCAACACCUUACCUGGGGGCCUCUGGGGGCUGCAGCCACAGCAGUCCUGCAGCACGGAGCUUGGCUGGCAGCUGGAGUGUGGCUCCAGGUGGCCGGGCUUGGGUUUCAGGUGGUGUGUGCUGCUGCCACGUGUGCCGCCCUGCUUUUUUUUUUAGGUGUAGGGCUUUCUGACACCUCCUUUUCUCCUGAUGUCUACUCCCCCCUCCCCGCCUGCACUGCAAAUGAGCUGCGUGGGGACCACCUGCGUGUGCAGUGCAUGCAUUGUGUGACACCACAUACUGCAUCUGCACACCUGUUUGGACAUGUCCUCAGAGUAUGAAAGGAGAAGGCUAGCUCCUUGGCUGUUGAGCAUCAGCAUAACUUCCUUGAAAUCCUGUAAUUCACAUGCACAAUGGUAUUUCCCAUCGCAUAUUCUUACACAAUUUGGGAUAGGUUGCUGGUGUGAGGUUUCAUGCUGCACACCAAGCAUAGCUCUACCAAUACAAGUCUGGGAAGCACCAGUAGUCUUGCGCUGGUUCACAUACACCAGUGGCUGGCCAGCAGUUGCGGAAGUUAUGACAAAUUUCCAGGUUAGACAGCACCCUAGACUGGGCAUGACUUGUGCCUAUUAGCAUAAAAGCAUAAUCUUGCAUUUUACUGCACAGUAACACACAUGCCACUGCAGAUAUUUCAAUUUGAGGCAAAUUUUAUAGGCUUCAGCAAUUACCGGUGCUCAUCGUUAGAAGUCAAUGAGCAUUUAAAUUAUAGAUCUUUGGUUUCUUUAUCUGAUCAUUUCCUCAAUGAAAAGAUGAUCAUGGAACUUAUAUUUCACCUAGCUAUCUUCAGUCCAGAAGCUGCUUUUCCUGAAUAAUUAAAGGAAAACUUCAACGUUUUUUGGCAGUAAUGUUGGCUGAAGAUUUUUUUUUUUUCCAGUUGUUCAGAAUCUUUUCAGCUUUCGAUGACAUAAAACUGUUUUAGGGAAUAAAACAGAAAUGUCAGCUGGAGGAAAACCCCAGUUCAGAACUUAAGCCUCCACUUUAAAAAUUUAGCUUGGGCUCCAGGUUCAUAGGUUGGUGUGGGAAACAUAACUCUGAAUGUCCUAACUUUUUAUGACCCUGAAAAACCUGUAGCUGCUAAACACAGUUGGGAAUAUAUAGAUUUCUAUAUUUAAACCUUGUAACACUAGAACUGGGAAACAGGUCUGAUAUCCACAGAAACAUGACAGCUUUCAAAUCCGCUUUUCUCUUUUUUUGUUUGCUGACCAAGACUAAACUAAACUUCAUCCACUGAUCCUCUUAAAAGAUCUUUUUUCAUCUUUUUGGAUUAGGAGAAACUUGAUUAGCACCUUUAAGGUGUGAUCAUUAAGAAUAUUGGAAUUCAAAACCUUUUAGGUCUAUUAGAAGCAGCUCUGUUUUCCAGAGAGAGAUUUAUUAUAAGGGAGAAUUUCAAAAGCACCUAAAGGAUUUAGUAAUACAACACUGAUUGUGAGAAGGGUUUAUGCUUCUAAUUCUCUUGGGACUUGUCUACCUAGAAAAGGUUUACCAGGUACACUGAAACAGAUACUGUUUCUUAUGUGGAAACUCUUCCUAACAUCCAAGAAGGCUUUUUCUCACUUUAGCUUUACUUGAAGCAAACAAAACUAACCUCAGAAGACACCAUGAUUCCAGAAUAUAAGUGUCUAUAUCAGCUGUUCUCAAACUUUUUGGACUCAAGGCACACCUCUUUAGACUUAAGGCACCCACUUUUAGUUCUAACUUGUUUUUUGACUAUCAAAAAAAUAAAAGGACAAGUUUCCUGUUGCAGAGAACUUAAAAUUCCCACAGCAGGUCAGAAUGCUUUUAACAUCAUGGUUUCCUAUUUGAAAUCUCUGUGUGCAUCUAAACGAGUGUGCACUUGCAGUUUGUGGCACUACAGACCAGUCUACAGCAUGGCAAACCGCAAGCAUUGCACGUGCAGGCAUUUGCCACACUGCUAAUUUGCAGUGCAGUGGGGUUUUUUGACACUGGGAGAUCCUGGUGUAAAAAAAACCCAUGCCAGAGAAAAGUGGGGUGGCUCAUAUGGCAGCAGUUUGCGCUGUCCAGAACUGGAGCCUGGCCAGCCAGAGUCAUGCUCCGGCUGCUGCCCAGGCUCUGUGUGCCUGGAUCACCGCUGUUGCUUCCCUGAGAGGCCCCCAGGUCAGGCUGCUGGGGCCAGGCCAGGUGCUGGUCCCAGUCUCCCCUACCCCAUCCCAGGGCAACUUAACACAUGCCAAAAUGGGCAUGCAGGUGCGUUCCCCAGGGACAACUAGUGGUGGCACCACUAUGUGGAAUAUGUCCUGGGGAACAUAUUGGUGCCACCGUUAGUUGUCCCUGGGGAACAUUCCCGCUUGUGGGGACACACCCUCUCUUUAUCUUAUGAUCGUGUUUGCGUACCUAACAGUGCUAACAUUGCAUAGCACCCCUGAAAAGAACUCAAGGUACCCUUGUUGAGAAUCGCUGAUCUAUAUGAAGAGUGUACUGGUAUAACUAUCCUUUUAAAAGCUUAGGUUAUACUUGUAAAACCUGCAUAGAUAAAAACUAAAAUAAUGUUGAAAAUCUUGCCCCAUGAUCACUUUACUGGCCUGCUUUAAUGAUAGAAUUACCCCAAUACUCUGAGGCUUAAAAAAAAGUUGAGAUUGAUAUAUGAUACACUAAGGACAACAUUUUAAAAACUGGGGAUAUGCAGCUAGAUUCCUGCCUAGGUUGAUUCAUAAACAUUUUGAUUUUCAAAAGUACUGAGGACCCAGGGGCUGCCAACAAAGUCAGUGGGAGCUGUGAGAUACUGUUCAGUUUUUCUGUAAAUUGUAGAAUAUGAAUGGUGGGUAGCGGUGUCUCUCUUGACUGUCUUGGGAACUACUGAAUGCAUGGAAAAUGAAGCUAUUAUUUAAGGGUCAGAUUUUAUGAAGAUCACAACUCUUGUUUAGACACCUGAAUGAAAUGCCCAGUGUUUUAAAAAGUCUCAGCACCCAGAAAAUUUUCAUGAGUCUUGAUGGGAGCCAUAGCAGCCAUGCCCAUUUGAGAAUCUGGCACUGUUUUAAGUGUCUAAAUUGAACUGGGCUCUUCUGAAAACCUAGCUCUGGUACUGGCAACUGAGCCCUUGGCUUUGACAAACACCUGUAAUACAAGGACAAUGUUCCCACCCAUGGAGUUAAUCUUGACCUUUUAGUCAAUGGAGCAUAACAUGGUGAUUAAAUAAUUCCUGCAAAUAACCCCAUUGAAGCAUGUGAUGGUUCCAUAUCAUAUUACUCUCUAUCCAUUUAAGAGCUCUGUUCCAAGUGGAGCUUAUUUAAGCUCUCUUUGCUUCAUACACAAGUGCUCUCACCAAGGGAAAGAUCAAGUAGGUAGCAACAGGAGAGAGCAUGCGAUGGGGAAUACUGUAUGUUGGCGUGGCAAACUGCAUUUUAGUAUGAAGAAAAAAAUGUCUAAGUAUAUCUGUCUCUAUUAGGAGGUUGUGCUCGGUAAGAAAUAUUUUCAUGAUUUUGCAUUUUGCUAUGAGGAAUUUGUGUCUCAUGUUUUGUUUAACUGAUUAUAAAUUUUAUAUUGUUUUACAGCAGUAGGAUCUAAAUCUAAAUACUAGUAGUGGUAGUAGUAGGAAUAAUAAUAAUAACAACAGUUAAGUAAACGAAACCUUGAUCUUGCAACUGCGUAAGUGCUUGUGGAUAUCUUUGUGUGGAUCUGGUACAAGACAGAAGCCUGAGAAUCAUGCUUUUUUGAUAGAUGGGGAAAAGCUUGUAAGCAUGGGUUUGCCUACAUGGCUAAAUUGGUCUGAAUAGCUCCUUGUAACUCCCCCCCACCCCCCACAGGGAUAAUGUGCACACUUUGUUCUGGAGUAAGAAUCACUUCUUCCAUGGUAAAUCAUGUAGCUUGUGCGCACACUUAUUAUUCCAGAAUAUAGCAUCUUUUAUUAUAGAAUAGAGUAUCCAUGUGAAGAGCUCUCCCAGAACAGUUAGUGCAUGCUGGUAAAAUUAGCUAAUGAAAACUCAUGCAUGGGUUGACUCAAUGUUAAAUUUUUGGUGGUAAGAUCCAGAUGCCUGCCUAACUGGUAGGAAUUGAAAAACUACUUGUUCAGUUAAAGACCUAGGCAUUUUUAUUAAGGCAACAGUCAGAAUGACUUAGGCUUGGGACACAGUUUACUCUUUCAGAACAAACUCUUAAUUUACCUCAGAUUCGAGGAUUUGGGAAUUGCUAUCAGUUGAAAAAAAUCUUGACUCUGACAAAGGCCAACUCUUCCAAAUUUGAGCACCUAAAGUUAGGCACUUGAAUUUAUACAGGCAGUCCUUAGACUUAUGACACAAUUGGUUCCUGAAAACUGAAUCGUAAGUCGAAAUGUUGUAACUCGGAACUGAUUUUCCCAUAGGAGACAACGUUAUAAAUGGGGGAUUGGUUACCGAACCAAGAUCCGAUACACUAUUUUCACCAAAAAUACUCCAGAAUUUUGUAGUUGAUCAAUUAUAGAUGAGUAAUACAGCUACAUUAAUGUAUUUAUAUUGUAAAUAGCAAUCAUGUUGAUUUGGAAGGACAUCUUUGAGGAGACUGCUAGACUUUUUGAAGGGCUCUUGGUUGGAUUUUUUGAAGGGUUCUUGGCUGGAGUCUUCUCAGGAGUCCUGGCUACAGGUUUUUCUGGAGUCUUGUCUGCUUUCUUAAAGAAAGUGUCCAAGGAAGUUUGGACAGAUGUUCUCCAGGGAGAUGGGUGACGCAGCAAACUUAUUUGCUGUCAUGGCUUGGUGUCAGAUCAAGUGUUGUAAAGUCGAAACUGACAUCAGAAAGUUGAAACAGGGUGUCAAUUUAUAAACAUUGUAAUUGUAAAAUGUUGCAACUCUAAACGGUGUAAGUCGAGGACUGCCUGUAUUCACAAGGGUUUGCUGAUGCUGAGAAGGGUGUGAGAUUCAGUGGAGCACAACUAUGUUGGGUGUAUUGCCAGAUAGACAGCCUUUCAGUGAGUAGGGUGGAGAUGGAUCUCUUAUGUCCAGCUGUCCUUCAGGUAGCUAAAAGGGAAGAGUGUGAGUUAGGGCAGCUGUGGGAGUAGAGACCUUGUAACACAGAUGUUGCUGUUCAUUUUUGGGGAGGACUAAACAUUCUCACCCCAGCUUCUCCCAGUGUUCCUCCACCAGACAAGAAAAGUGCGCUCCUCCCAAGCCCAUCACAGUUUUGCUGAUUCUAGUAAGGUUCAGUGGAGGGGCAAACUCCAGCCUCUUGUUCUUGCUACAUGGGCCAAACUUCCACAGAGCUGGAAGCCAGGGCAGGGGAAGCCUCCCCAACAGACCUAGUAGAUACACUGGAGGGUAGAGCUAGGAUUCAGAGAGACCUAGACAAAUUGGAGGAUUGGGCCAAAACAAAUAUCAUGAGGUUCAGUAAGGACAAGUGCAAAUGUCCUUCACUUAGGAUGGAACAAUCCCAUGCACCAGGACAGGCUGGGGACUGAUUGUCCAAGCAGCAGCUCUGCAAAAAAGGGCGUAAGUGUUAUAGUGGACAAUAAGCUGAAUAUGAGCCAACAGUGCACCCCUGUUGUGAAGAAGGCUAAUAGCAUACUGGGCUGCAUUAGUAGGAGCUUUGCCAGCUGAAUGAGGGAAGUGAUUAUUCCCCUCUAUUCAGCACUGGUGAGGUCACAUCUAGAGUAGUGUGUCCAGUUUUGGGCCCCCCACAAUAGAAAGGAUGUGGACAAAUUGGAGAGAGUCUAGUGGAGGGCAGUGAAAAUUGUUAGGGGGCUGGGGCACAUGUCUUGUGAGGAGAGACUGGGGGAACUGGGCUUAUUUAGUCUGGAGAAGAGAAGACUGAGAGGGGAUUUAAUAGCAGCCUUCAACUACCUGAAGGGUGGUUCCAAAGAGGAUGGAGCUAGACUGUUCUCAGUGGUGACAGAUAAUGGAAGAAGGAGCAAUGGUCUCAGCAAGGAAAAUUUAAGUUAGAUAUUAGGAAAAGCUUUCUCACUAGGAGGGUAGUAAAGCACUGGAGCAUGGUACCCAGAAAGGCUGUGGCAUCUCCAUCCUUGGAGGUUUUGAAGACCUGGCCUAGACCUUGGUUGGGAUGAUAUAGUUGGGGCUGGUCCUGCUUUGAGCAGGAGGUUGGGCUAGAUGACCUCUUGAGGUCCCUUCCAGCCCAAAUUUUCUAUGAUUCUGUGACCUAGAAUAGAUAACUGUUAUUGGCCUCGACCACCUUCCCAUUUAAGAAGGCCUUAUUUAGCACCUCCAGCCCUUCCAACACAAGGCCCCUGGCUUAUUUGGCAUGAUCCUGCAUCCAACUUCACAGGUUCCCCAAGGACAAGAAACCUCUCUUCAGCAUGCCAUCCGGCAAACAGAUCUCCUAACACUAUAUGUAACAGUGCCAUCUGACAGUUGGCUGUCAAGAGCGUCUCAGCUUCCUUUUCUUCCAAAAAAGGAGGAAAUUCCCAGACCAAAAAAUAAAUUAAAUUAAAAGUUAACAUAAAGGUCAGGUUGGCACUAUAAAUAUCAGAAACAUUAGUGUAAAUAAAAUGCCAAGUGUGGUAGGUACAGUAACAGGAACAAUAUAAUUAGAAAAGCUAACUUUUUAAAGAAAGACAUGAUAAUUCAGGGUGGCCAACCUGUGACACGAGUGUCACAAAUGGCACAGGCAGUCUUUGUGUGUGACACAUGACAGAUCAGGAAGGGGACAGGCAGCACAGCAGCAGAUAGGGCAGGGGGAAGAAAGCAGAGCGGGAGUUCUGGCAGAGAGUACAGGGUAUAGAACAGAAAACAGCAGAUUGGGUUAAAGACGGAAAUUAAAGUGGCACUCAAGAAAGGUACAGGGUUAAUUUGUGGCACAUCAACUAAAAAGGUUGGCCCCAACUGUGGUAAUACGUGUGAUAAACUUGUGAAGAGUAGCAGAAGGUAAAGCAUCAUUCGUUCCCUAACAUAUCUACCCAUGUGGAAGCAACUUCAGACAUCCCAUACUUAUCAUUGUUUCUAUAAUAAAUAUGUUUUUUUAGAGGAUAUUAUAAAGUAGACAAGUAAAACCAAAGGGGCGAAUGACAUCCCUGCAUGUAGGACUGAGGCAGAAGCGCUAUUUUGAGGACUUGAAUAGUAGUUAGGGCUUCUGCAGACCUUUUGCACAGGGGUGAAUGUGGAAGGGAGAGUGUGAAACAAAGAAAAAAUGCUGUAUCCUUUUUUUUUUUUUUCA